AAGUAUUUCACAUCAAUUAAUUUGGAUAUCAAUACCGACAAAUUUGAUUAUCGUUUAAAAUUGUAUUUUAUAUACGUAUUCGCUGCGCAUAUAUACGGCUCCACACAUAUGCAUAUCACGUUGCUUCAAGAUAAUGAAGAUAAUUUAUAGAUUAUUUGUUAGAUGAUCUCAGAUAACCUUAUAUAUGGUAUACGUUUUAUACACGCUCAUGAUCCGACAUGAUCCAUUCGCUUGUUCGAAUAGUCAGAUCGCUGCACAGUGUUCCGAGAAAUUCACGGAGAAUGGAUUCGCUUGAGAACGCCAAGAAAAUUGCGGCUUACAAAGCCGUGAACGAGUACGUCCUGAAUAACACUGCCAUCGGGAUUGGCAGCGGAUCCACUAUAGUUUACGCUGUUCAGAGACUUGCCGAACGUGUUAAAAAAGAAGGUCUCAAUGUAAUCUGCAUUCCUACAUCGUUUCAAGCUCGUCAACUUAUACUAGAUAAUCAUCUUAACUUAGGUGACUUGGAAACUAAUCCACAGCUGGAUUGUGCAAUUGAUGGAGCAGAUGAAGUUGACAAAGACCUGAACCUCAUCAAAGGUGGUGGAGGAUGUUUGUUACAAGAAAAAAUUGUUGCCUCUUGUACCAAUAAAUUUGUUAUCAUAGCAGACUAUACAAAAAACUCAGUGAAACUUGGCGAACGGUACAAAAAGGGAAUUCCUAUUGAAGUGAUUCCUAUGGCGUAUGUGCCAAUUACACGUAAAAUUGAAGCUGAAUAUGGAGGAAUGGUACAAAUCAGAAUGGCUGUCGCUAAAGCUGGUCCGGUAAUAACAGAUAAUGGUAAUUUUAUUCUGGAUUGGCAUUUUCCUGAUGAUUUAAAAUAUUUGAAGAGGAUUAAUACCGAAAUAUCCCUGAUACCUGGAGUUGUAGAAACUGGUCUAUUCACAAAUAUGGCCAAGAAAGUUUUCUUUGGUAUGCCGGAUGGCAGUGUAAAGGAACGAAGCAUAGUUAGUUUCGAUUGAAACAUUGAAUGUUGCGAAUUACAUUUUAUCAUCGUUGAGCAACUGUUUAAGUA